AUGAAUCUCUUGGUGACAGCCUUCGCCCCUAUUGUUCUGAGCAAGGACUCGGGGAGCGAUGGGGGAGCACCCACAGGAGAGGAAGGAGGCCUGGGGUGAGUUGGGUAUGGAGAAGAUGACUUUACCUGCCCGGAUGGGGAAGGGUACGAAGAGGAGGAUGAUGACAACAGCAGGCUGUCAGCAGAUGACGAUUCACAGACUGAAAAACCUGAGGCUGGUGACCUAAAGGAAUUCCGUGAAGUGGAGGAAAAAGAUCCUUGGGAACCGGUUGCUUCUUUUUCAGAGAGAGUGUGGAACGUGUCUCCAGAUGAGAUCAAAAUCCCUCCUGAGCCUCCAGGCAGAUGUUGUAAACAACUGCAGGAUAAAAUUGGUAAGUUGUAUGAGAGGAAAAUGAAAGAAGGCAUGGAUAUGAACUAUAUCAUCCAGAAGAAAAAUGAAUUUUGCAACCCCAGCAUCUAUGAAAAACGGAUCCAGUUUUGUUCCAUUGAUGAAACCGGUACAAAUUACCCAAAGGACAUGUUUGAUCCCCAUAGCUGGUCAGAGGAUUCAUAUUAUGAGGCACUAGCUAAAGCCCAGAAAACUGAGAUGGAUAAAUUGGAGAAGGCCAAGAAAGAACGUGCAAAGAUUAAAUCUGUGACUGACACUAAAAGGGGUACAACAACAAGCUCUGCUUCCACAACCACCACAACAUCCAGCACCACUGUGGGAGAUGCCCAGAAGAGGAGGAGCAAGUGA